AUGCCCGUCCCCACCCACUUCACCCUCAGCGACGGCCGCAAGAUCCCCUCGAUCGGCCUCGGCACGUGGCAGUCUCCCAAGGGCGAGGUCGCCAAGGCCGUCGAGGUCGCCAUCAAGGCGGGCUACCGCCACAUUGACUGCGCGUGGGCGUACGGCAACGAGGCUGAGGUCGGCGAGGGCAUCCGCAACUCUGGCGUUCCCCGCGAGGAGCUCUGGAUCACGUCCAAGCUCUUCGAGCUCCACCACCACCCGGAGCACGUGCCGCUCGCCAUUGCCGACACGCUCAAGAACCUGGGUGUUGACUACCUCGACCUGUACCUCCUCCACUGGAACAUCAACUGGCAGGUCGACGCGCCCGCCGGCGUCCUCCCCACGUUUGACCACGUCAAGAAGUCGCCCGAGGGCAAGAACCUCCUCGACGUCCCGCUGUCCGACAACGUCAUCCCCACCUGGCGCGAGCUCGAGAAGCUCGUCGACCAGGGCCUCGUCAAGUCGAUCGGCGUCUCCAACCUCAACAUCCACCGCACGCGCCAGGUCCUCAAGGAGGCGCGCAUCAAGCCCGUCGCCAACCAGGUCGAGCUGAGCAUCCAGUGCGCGCAGCCCGAGCUCGUCGACUGGCUCAAGAAGCACGACAUCCUCCCCCAGGGCUACUCGCCCCUCGGCGGUACUGACGGCGCCGCCAUCCGCAACAACCCCGUCAUUGCUGAGAUUGGCAAGAAGCACGGCGUCGCCGGCUCCAAUGUCCUGCUCUCGUGGCUCGUCAAGCGCGGCAUCAACCCCCUCCCCAAGUCGGUCACCCCCAGCCGCAUCGAGGCCAACCUGAAGCUCGUCGACCUCACCGACGACGAGUUCAACCAGGUCGAGGAGCUCGCCAAGCAGACCCCCCACAACCGUGUCUGCGACCAGUCGACCCUCUACGAGCCCUUCUACGACAUCUACCAGGAGAACGACCCCAGGUACAACGACAAGGUGCAGUUUGCCCAGGCCGACUAGGGUGGUAGUAGAUGUGGCGUUGUACCUAGAGCGUGAUGCAGCAGUUCGUCCAUG